AUGUACGGAUACGUCCCAUACCUUAGCGAUUCAAAGUAUACGUGCAUACGGAUACUUGGAAAUAUAUACAUACCUAGACAGGAGGUGAACAUCAUCCCAUACAUAGAUCCAUACCUUACUCGGAACGGAUACCUUACGGGCAUCCUGUUACUCGCCUGUUCCUUGCCUUCCCGUCCCCUACCGGCGUCGACUGCCUCAUGCAGUAUCACUCGCCUUUUAGCACUCUACCUGUCCGACUACGCUAAAAAUCGCAUCGUCCUCGUAAGAAUCUCGAUCCGCGCUCCACGCGCCUGUUGCUUGCCCGUGUCUCUUCCUAACACUCGCCCACGUCCCUGUUGCUCUCUUUACUUUCCAAGGAUCAGUGUCUUUGCUCCUUGUCACUUGGUCUUGCUGUACAUCCCUCUUCCUGGUCUAGAAGAAAGGCUCUUGGCCAGCUUCCCCACAAAACAGUGCAUCGAUUUCUUCGUCUCGACCACGGGGAACCCUACUGGCCUACCAACCUGCCUGUCCAGCACUUUCUUAUUUACCAUUGUGCUCGGCCAGUCUAUUCCGACCUGA